AUGAAUGAAAACUUCGCAGCGAAGCCUGAAUAUGGCUCGAAAAGUCUCAAUUCGGGAAAUUCGAGGUCGAAAAUGGACAAGGAUCCCAUUAUUAGCAAAUUUCAUAGAGCUGGUCUCAAUGAUCCCGCAGAGGAGGAAGAUAAUGGCAUCAAUGACAAGUGCAGUACUAGCUGGAUCACUUCGAUGAUUAACGACGAAAAACGUAAGGUAGAAGGAAAUGUGAUAUUGAAUGAUGGGGAAGAUCUGCAUUUAUCCAAAUCCACCCUGAAUAAAUGUGAUGCUUUAGUGAAGAUAUUAGCGGAUAUAAUCAAGCUGGAGUUUGUCAUUCACCAAUCAUGGUACAUUAGAUCUCUUUACAAAAGUGUUUUAAUUCAGUUUGAGGUGGAGACAGCCAAGGGCAAUGGAGAAAGCGCUGGGAAUAGCGAUUGUGAUAAUGAUAAUAGCAGCGGCAACCAGGACGAUGGAUUUUAUAAGGAUUUGAGUCUCAAAUGCAUAAAAAAAUGUGAAAAAUCUUCUCUUGCGCUUGAGUCAUUAUCAAGAGACAUUGACAAGAUAAGAGAUUUCAUAAUGUCUAGCACGGUAGAAGACAACAGAGUUGACAGGCUCUUGCAGAAUUCGAUGACUUUAUUACUAGAGUGUUGGAUCUACUCGAUGAAGAGGCUGCGUCGACUAAGGAUGAAGAUUGCAGGUAUCUUUGUUAGAUCCAAACUUUUACUUAUUGAUCAUGAACUAGUAACCAUAUGGCAUUUUUUACAGGGGCAAAGUAGCGAACAUGAAAUGGCAAAUAACGAAAACGAAGCUAAAUUAAGAGGAACGAUAAAAUCGUACAGAGCGUUCAUUAAGAUAUUCAUACAACAACUGGAAGACUCCGAAGCGGGAUCUCCAUCCUCGUCAUUAUUCGAAGAAUGUUUACACGUCUUUUUGGAUGUCGAAUCAAUGUACAGCUCGUUAAACUUGAAUUGGUUAUUGAACGAGAACAAGGCAUUACAGGAAAUAUUGCUGUCAUCAUCGCCGUCAUCUGAUAAUGAUCGUUCUAAGAGCCUCCCUGUCAUUGACGAGACAAAGGAAAUUGAAGAGAUCAGCUCAUUUGUCAAUAGCAUUGUCGAUGCAUCCAUGCUAACGCAUGACUUGACGCCAAUCAAUUCAUCGGACAGUGAAGAAUUGUCUAAUGGAGGCCUCGAUCGUCUGAAUGAAAGAAGAUUAUCUUCAUCUACCUCCGAUAUGUCACUGAUGAUGCAAAGAACAUCCUUACAGAAACAACUUCCCACCCUGCUGACUGCUUUUAAUAAUGCUAGAAGAUUAGAGCAAGAGUUACAGAAUGCAUGCAAGGUGGAUGAUAAUAAACAUAAUAUUAAGGGCAUUGAUUCAAAUGUACGACAGAACGAUCAUUAUAUGUCUUCAAGUGUAUCCUCUUUAAUUUCUCAAAGCUCAACGUCAGCAUCCCCAUCUCCUCCAUUGUCGUCGUCCUUCGUGUCUGCGGCAACUUCACAAUCAAAUAUCCGCACGGCCACACUGCCACUUUCUUCUUCGUCUUCAUUAUUGGAAACGCAAUCACAAACACUGAAAAACAACAUGUCUCAAUGGCUAAACCAGCCGCGGUCUGGUCUCAGUGGUUCAAAACUCAUCCCGACAAACCAUGUUGGAUUCCACAGUAACGUUCUCAAUACUCUCUACGGUAUCGGUGGCGGCCCUACACCAAGGGCGUAUAAACCCAACCAACCCUCUUCUUUAAAUACAUAA